AUGAAAGCUGCGUGGAAACGACUCAGCCAUGCAAUUACUGCCGAAAGCAUUGACGCGCUUACGUCUAGCCAGGCUUUCUACCAACGCAGCGUCUGGAGACAAAGACCAAACGGCGGCCAUUCGGAUACUGGAGGUGCAAAUGCUGCCUCGCCAUUCUGCAACCUUUUCCUGCUGGGCGGCAUCAUGCCGUGUUCAGCAGAGAGCCAGCAUUCCUGUUGCUUGCGCCGCGUGCAAGAAGCAUGCAUCCACGCGCUCGAACUCCUGGCUACAGACAUCCCGGCUCUGGAAGAGCCCACUCGACGUUGCCGAGAACAAGGCGGCGAUGCUCCACGCCGCUUGCUGGGUGAUUUCUUGAUCCAGUUUUCCGGCUCCCUUUCCGAAGAUCAGCUGCAGGCGAUUGAUGAGGUGUAUGCAGCAGACGCUUUGAGCAAGCCUCCCCCACUGGGCCUAGAUGCUCUGAAAGGGCUCUGGCUAGCAGCUUCGCCGUGCCAAGUUCUCGUCUGGCGCGGAGACAUUACCCAGCUGGCGGCGGACGUAAUUGUGAAUGCUGCCAACGAGGAAGGUUUGGGCUGCUUUCAGCCGACGCACCGCUGCAUCGACAACGUGCUGCACCGGGCGGCCGGCCCGAGGCUGCGAAGCGAAUGCCGUGUGGAGAUGCAGAAGCGCCAGGAAAAGCUCCUACCUGGCACGAUGCCACUCCUGACCAAAGCCUACCACCUGCCGGCAAAAGCUGUUCUGCACGUUACAGGGCCGCAGAUUUCACCGGGCUCGCGUCCUUCCAGUCUGUCGAGCGAAGAGCUGCGGCUGGCCUACACGAACUGUCUGGAUGCAGCACGUGAUGCUGGACUUACCAGUGUUGCGUUUUGCUGCAUUUCCACGGGCCUCUUUGGGUACCCUGCGCGCGAAGCUGCAGAAGUUGCACUGACAGCUGUGCACAGGUGGCUGCAGGCACCCGAAAACUUAGCCUCGCUCUCUUCCAUUGUGUUUGAUGCCGCCGGGAUUGCAGUUUCCUUUACGCAUGUCCUGCCCAGGUUUUCACUGAGCACGAUGAGCGGAUCUAUCACGAUCUUGGCCCACGAAUCUUUCAGCCCGCCGGCCCGAUCUGAGCUCGGGCAGGGCGUCAAGGUGAAGACGCUUCUGGUUUUCUCUCCCGGUUGCAUGUUCGGUCUGGAGCACAUCAUGUCGCAGAACCAGAGGCAUUCCGUCCGCUGCAGCAAAGCGGGACCAUGCUUGCUCUACGCCAGCAUCUUACAGUCUUACAUGGCGUGUUCUUGGUGUGCCUCACGUCUUGAACGAAGCGUCCCUCGCGAAGUGAGCUUGGGGUUAUCGGGGGGGGAGGGGGGGGGCAGAUUUUGGUGGGUUUUUUCGGCUAUCACCCACCUGGAGCUGGGAAAAUCGUCGUGGGCGAGUGUGGGUGUGGCUAUCGGGGACAGGUUGGUGUUUAAAUUGCGGAACGAGCGUUUAUGGAUUGAACAUGAUUGA